GCUUCCAGUGACAGAGGAGACACUGGUUGACAUUUUAACUCGUAGGCAGAACUGGCCCCUGGCCAGCCGGGCCUCCUGCCUCUGACAGCCCGACAGCAUGGAGCAGACCACCAGCGACAGGCGGGCGUGCGCUGGCAUGGAGGGCCCAGCAGGGUAUCUGCGAUGGGCCAGCGUGGCCCAGCUGAGACAGGAUCUGGGCACCGCCUUUUUCCAGCAGCAGCAGCUGUCGGCUGCGAUGGCAGACACCUUCCUGGAACACCUCUGCCUGCUGGACAUCGACUCGGAGCCCGUGGCCGCUCGCAGCACCAGCAUCAUCGCCACCAUCGGGCCGGCAUCUCGCUCUGUGGAGCGCCUCAAAGAGAUGAUCAAGGCUGGGAUGAACAUUGCGCGACUCAACUUUUCCCACGGCUCCCACGAGUACCACGCUGAGUCCAUCGCCAACAUCCGGGAGGCGGUGGAGAGCUUUGCAACUUCCCCAGUCAGCUACCGACCCGUGGCCAUCGCUUUGGACACCAAAGGACCAGAGAUUCGCACCGGGAUCCUGCAGGGGGGCCCAGAGUCGGAAGUGGAGCUAGUGAAGGGCUCGCAGGUGCUGGUGACCGUGGACCCGGCGUUCCGGACACGGGGAGACGCGAGCACCGUGUGGGUGGACUACCCCAACAUCGUCCGGGUCGUGCCAGUGGGGGGCCACAUCUACAUUGACGACGGGCUCAUCUCCCUAGCUGUCAAGAAAAUCGGCCCAGAAGGGCUGGAGACCGAGGUGGAGAACGGCGGCGUCCUGGGCAGUCGCAAGGGCGUGAACUUGCCGGGUGUCCAGGUGGACCUGCCCGGGCUGUCCGAGCAAGAUGCCCGAGACCUGCGCUUCGGGGUGGAGCAUGGCGUGGACAUCGUCUUUGCCUCCUUUGUGCGGAAAGCCAGCGACGUUGUUGCAGUCCGGGCUGCUCUGGGGCCGGAAGGGCAAUCCAUCAAGAUCAUUAGCAAAAUUGAGAACCACGAAGGCGUGAAGAAGUUCGAUGAAAUCCUGGAGGUGAGUGACGGCAUCAUGGUGGCACGGGGUGACCUGGGUAUCGAGAUCCCUGCUGAGAAGGUUUUCCUGGCUCAGAAGAUGAUGAUUGGACGCUGCAACUUGGCGGGCAAGCCAGUUGUCUGUGCCACACAGAUGCUGGAGAGCAUGAUUUCGAAGCCCCGGCCGACCCGGGCAGAAACGAGCGACGUGGCCAACGCCGUGCUGGACGGGGCCGACUGCAUCAUGCUGUCGGGGGAGACUGCCAAGGGCAGCUUUCCUGUGGAGGCUGUAAUGAUGCAGCACGCGAUUGCCCGGGAAGCAGAGGCCGCAGUGUACCACCGGCAGCUGUUUGAAGAACUGCGCCGGGCAGCACCCCUGAGUCGUGAUCUUACCGAAGUCACUGCCAUCGGCGCCGUAGAGGCCGCCUUUAAGUGCUGUGCUGCUGCCAUCAUCGUGCUGACCAAGACCGGCCGCUCAGCCCAGCUUCUGUCUCGGUACCGACCUCGGGCCGUGGUCAUUGCUGUCACCCGCUCUGCCCAGGCUGCCCGCCAGGCCCACCUAUGCCGAGGAGUCUUCCCCUUGCUCUACCGUGAUCCGCCGGUGGCCAUUUGGGCAGACGAUGUGGAUCGCCGAGUCCAGUUUGGCAUUGAAAGCGGAAAGCUCCGUGGCUUCCUCCGUGUCGGGGACUUGGUGAUUGUGGUGACAGGCUGGCGACCUGGUUCUGGCUAUACCAACAUCAUGCGGGUGCUAAGCAUAUCCUGAGAUGCACCCCCACCCCAGCCAGCUCUGGACCAACCUCCCUCCUCCCCAUGCCCUGUCUGCCUUGUCUACUCCGUCCUCCCUGCCCGAGGCCACAUCUGCCACCUGCCCCAUUCCAGAGUGCGCCUUCCCCUCGCCAUUUCACGCAGGCCCUGAAAGUCUGUGUCCAGUUAAGCACUGGCCAUCCGGCAGCACCGGUCAUGCAAUGCCUGCGCCCAGUGCUCUCAGCUGACGCUAAGAUGCUCCGAGCCUUGAAUCCCAGCUUACUGGUUAACUCUAUUUCCCCAGGCCUCCCACAGCUGGGGGUGGGGAGAGGGGGUUAAGGCAGCCAUGUCCAGUCUCCACAGAAUGGCUAUUUUAGAAAUAGCUCACAUCCAUGAGUCUGAUAUUCUCAUACGUGGCCCUCAUGGUGAUCCGGGCAUCUCCCGGCGAAAGUGCCACCUGUUCCUUCAUUGUAACGAAGUGACAUCAAAGCACCGCCCUUCUGGGAAAGCCAGGGGAGAUGCACUGGUGAGCUCACCUUACCGCUGUCUGCAUGACCCCUCCCUGGCUGCUUGCAGGGCCUUGCUGGGUGAGACGCCCUGCUGCCUCCUGCACCCAGAAAUCCCUUCACGCCCACUUUGUUCCCACACACAAACCAGGAGCCGAAACAAGUGUCUCUAUUUUCUUUUAAAACCAGCUGUGUGGAAGGAAUUAUUAAACUUCUCCCAUCCAUCCAGAACCCCGGAACUCCCCACCCAGGGGGAAAGGAGCUACAGGGCCCCGGCCCCACGUUCCUGGAUGCUGUAGAGUAAGCCUGGACACGAGGCAUGGGGUAAGGGAUUUCUCUUGUCCCUGAGAAGGCAGAGGUGCUGGCUAGCCUGCCCUUCCCCAGGCUCAGAUAUUUGGGGCCCUCCUCCUGCACCUACAGCAAACUCAGUA